GUUUGGGGCGGGAGUCUCAAGAUCCCGUCCCCCCGUUCCUUCCUAUUCCUCCUUCUCUUCCUCCUCCUCUUCCUUCUCCUCGGCGGAAGCGGGAUAUGAUGUAAAAUUAGAGUGAAACUCUUUUUGUUUGAGCAGAUCCUCCGAUGCAAUUGUUGUAUUUGCCGCAAAGACCUUCAGCGUUCGGUGAUCAGGAUUUCUUCCUCCUCUUCCUCCUCUUCAUCACCUCCUCCGGAGGUCGGCCGGCGGCGGGAGCAGCGCUGCUGCCAGAGAUGUAGUGUGUGUGUGCGUCGCUGUGAUCGGCGGACCAUCAUGCACCUCUUCUUCCUGCUGAUCCUUCAAGUCACCGCAACUUCCGCUCAGAUAGACCCUGUACACUGCCGCUCUGCCCUUGGCAUGCAUGAUGGCCGUAUCAAGGACAGUGACAUCACAGCUUCCAGCCAAUGGUACGAGACGACCGGUCCCAAGUACGCCAGGCUCAACAGGGAGGGGGGUGAUGGCGCCUGGUGUCCUGAAGGCGAGCUGGAGCCGUCGGACAGCCAGUACCUCCAGGUGGACCUGGGUCAGCUGACCUUCCUGACGGUGGUGGGCACUCAGGGCCGCUACGCCCGCAGCAGUGGGAAGGAGUACGCCCGGGCGUACCGGCUGGCCUACAGCCGCGACGGGACCCUGUGGAGGGCCUGGAGGAACCGCCAGGGCAACCCUGUGGUGGAGGCCAACAGUGAUGCAUACAACGCCGUCAUCAAAGACCUCCACCCUCCCAUCAUCACGCAGUUCGUCCGCAUAAUUCCGGUGACGGAGGUCUCCGCCCCCGUCUGCAUGAGGGUGGAGCUCUACGGCUGCCCCUGGGAAGACGGGCUGGUGUCGUACAGCGGUGCGGAGGGCCAGGUCAUGGGGCCUCCGGGCUACGCCCUCGCCAGCCUCAACGACUCCAUCUACGACGGGAUGCUCCACAGGAGGAGGCUGUCUGGGGGGCUGGGCCAGCUGACGGACGGAGUGAUUGGCCAGGACGACUUCCUGCUGACGCGGCAGUACCAGGGCUGGCCGGGCUACGACUACCUGGGCUGGAGGAACGACUCGCUGAGUACCCUGGGGCACGUGGAGAUGGAGUUCAUGUUCCAGAGUCAGAGGAACUUCACCUCCAUGAAGGUCCACAGUAACAACAUGUUUUCUCGUGGUGUGAAGAUCUUCUCCUCGGUGUCCUGUUGGUUUAAGUCCCGCCCCCUGGGGGUCUGGGGGGCGGGGCCUGUGGUGUUCCACACGGUAUUGGACGACCGUAACCCGAGCGCGCGCUAUGUGACGGUGCCGCUGGGCGGCCGCAGCGCCUCCGCCCUCCGCUGCCGCUUCGCCUUCGCCGACGUCUGGAUGAUGUUCAGCGAGGUCUGCUUCCUGUCCGGUAAGUACACACUCUGCACUACACACCACCACACUACACAACACUCAGGUAAAGGGAUCAGGCUAACACAUGCUAGCAACAUACCCUCCGUCAGCCUGUCGGACCUGCUCCACAUGUCGGUCCAGAUCUCCUCAGGGAUGAGGUAUCUGGCCUCGCUGAACUUCGUACACCGCGACCUGGCCUCCAGGAACUGCCUGCUGGACCGCCGUCUCACCAUCAAGAUCGCCGACUUCGGGAUGAGCCGCAACCUGUACAGCAGCGACUACUACCGCAUCCAGGGGCGCGCAGUGUUGCCCAUCCGCUGGAUGGCCUGGGAGAGCAUCCUACUGGGUAAGUUCACCACGGCCAGCGAUGUGUGGGCGUUCGGAGUGACGCUGUGGGAGGUGUUCACCAUGUGCAAGGAGCAGCCCUACAGCCUGCUGUCGGACCAGCAGGUCAUCCAGAACACCGGAGAGUUCUUCAGGAACCAGGGCAGACAGGUCCUCCUCUAUGCCCCGCCCCUCUGCCCCCCCUCCCUCUUCAAGCUGAUGAUGUGCUGCUGGGGCCGCGACGCCGACCAGAGGCCCAGCUUCGAGGGCCUGUACCGGGCCCUGAGGCCCCACGCCGACCAGUGACCCCCCCCCGGGCCCCACGCUGACCAGUGUGACCCCCCGGGGCCCCACGCCGACCAGUGUGACCCCCGGGGCCCGGGGCCCCACGUUGACCAGUGACCCCCCCCCGGGGUCACACACCGACCAGUGACCCUCCCCCGGCCCCGGGGCCCCACGCCGCCCAGUGAGACCCCCCCGGGCACCAUGCCGACCAGUGAGACCCCCCCGGGCCCCAUGCCGACCAGUGAGACCCCCCCCCCCCCGGGGCCCCACGCCGCCCAGUGAGACCCCCCCGGGGCCUACCCCGACCAGUGACCCCCCCCGGGCCCCACGCCGCCCAGUGAGACCCCCCCGGGCCCCAUGCCGACCAGUGAGACCCCCCCCCGGGGCCUACCCCGACCAGUGACCCUCCCCCGGCCCCGGGGCCCCACGCCGCCCAGUGAGGCCCCCCCGGGGCCCCACCCCGACCAGUGACCCCCCCCGGGCCCCACGCCGACCAGUGAGACCCCCCGGGGCCCCACGCCGACCAGUGUGACCCCCUGGGGCCCCACGCCGACCAGUGUGACCCCCCCCCCCCCCCCCGGGGCCCCACCCCGACCAGUGAGACCCCCCAGGGGGGAGGGAGGAGACAUCAGGGGGGAGACAGCAGGGGGGACUAAAGGAGAGGGGGGGAGACCAGGGGGGAGUCAGGGGGGGGGGGGACACCAGGGGGCAGGGGGUGUGGUUUGAAAGAGGGAGGGGCCUAUUUGCUGAUCGGUUCCGUCUCUUUUCCUCUGGACUGAAACGUCUUCAGACUUCUCCAGAUAUAUCUCACUUGUUAUCGUCUAUAAAGAAUACUAUCUGUGGUU